ACAAGAGGGCGCUGUUAUACUGGAUGAGCCCUUCAGAAUCUAGGUACAUGAACGUGCGUGUGAUGUGUGUGUGUAUAUAUCCAGUGAAAAUCACCCGGAGACGGACCGAGGUAGUUUUUGACCGUACCAAUGUGUGUGGCCUAUAAAUAUAUGAUACUAACCCUGGCGGAAUCAUCUCAUGGACACAAGAGUAUAUCGAAAAUGAGGGAAUAAUCGGAGGAGGCACACGGCGAGGUUCGUCUGUAGCUAGCGUUCUGGUGAACUGCGAGUGGGAUCACAGCUGCUGGCUACGAAAAUGUCGGGAAAAAUAGAGAGCAAGCAAGACUCGCAGCGGUCCCAUCUGUCCUCUUUCACCAUGAAACUGAAGGACAAGUUUCAUUCUCCCAAGAUCAAGAGGACUCCAUCCAAGAAGGGCAAGCAACUGCAGCCUGAGCCAGCAGCCAAGAGUACUGAGAAACCUACUAACAAGAAGGUUAGUCGGCUAGAGGAGCAUGAGAAGGAAGUGGUCAGUGCUCUGCGCUACUUCAAGACAAUCGUGGACAAAAUGGUUGUGGAGAAGAAGGUUCUGGAGAUGCUCCCGGGCUCGGCCAGCAAGGUGCUUGAAGCUAUCCUUCCUCUGGUUCAGGUAGAGGCCCGGAUACAGCACAGCUCUGCGCUGUCUUCCUGCCAUAACCGUGUGUACCAGAGUCUGGCCAAUCUUAUUCGUUGGGCAGACCAGGUGAUGCUAGAUGGCGUUGACUUGGAAGACAAGGAAAAUGUGGCGUCUGUAACCAGUGUCAUCAAAGCUGUCUUGGAUGGAGUAAAGGAAUUGGUAAAGCUGACCAUAGAGAAACAGGAGCACCCGUCCCCCACCACUCCUAAUAAACCAGCACCCCCUGCUACUACAGCAGAGACCGUGUCAUCAGAGAUGCCCUUAAUAGAUCGGGAGCCAGAGGUCUCCAAUAAGAUGUCUCCGGCAGCUACUCCUGCAGAGACUGCCUCUGACAUACCAAAUGAGGAUGUAGCCCCUCCCAAACCCCCACUUCCGGAAGCCAAGAUGGCAGAGCUCAGAGCACAGUUGAGUGCUGACGCUGGCCAAAGGAGACCCUCUCAGAAGGAGAAUCCUCCACCUGCUCUUCCACCUAAGAAGCGCCAGUCAGCCCCUUCGCCUACACGGGUGGCAGUGGUUGCCCCUAUGAGCCGUGGCUCCAGCCUGCCCUGCAGUGUCCACAAACAGCAGCAGGAGUACGAGCAGGAGUUCCUUCAGAGACGUUUUUCUGGGGGUAGCCAGUCAUACGGAGGCGACUCUCCACGCCUGUCUCCCUGCAGCAGCAUGGGGAAACUUAGCAAAUCUGAUGAACAGCUUUCCUCCAUGGAGCAGGACAGUGGUCAGUGUUCUCGUAACACCAGCUGUGAGACUCUUGACAACACAGAGAACUACGACCCAGAUUACGACUUCCUCCAUCAGGACUUGUCAGCUGGGGAAAACCUGCCCCCAAUACCAGUGGGAGGGUGCUUGAGCCCCCUGCCCGAGUCUCACAGCGAGUCAUCUUCCCCAGUUCCCGGACAGCAUCCCUCACAUCCCCGCUUCAGUGCUCCUCCGCCUCAGCAGCCACCCGAAUCCUGGACCACCCACCCCAUCCUGACUAACUCCUUACAGUCCUUUCGUGUCAGUGCACCUCCUGCCCUGCCCCAGAAGAAAUGGCGCAGCACCCAGGCAUCGUCCUUCACUGAUGGAGGAUCCAGGGUUCUGUAUGAGCGCUACCCCUCCCAAUAUGACAACUUGUCCGAAGAGGAGCUACACCCAACACCACCAUUCCCCCUUUUCACACCCAUCUCGCCCAUGCCCCAGACAAACGGGGGCGUGUUCGUCACCCAGUACGUAGGCACCGAGAAUGCAGAUGUCCCCGCCAGUCCCCCGCCACUCCCAGAAAAGAAAAGCAGACACAUCCUCCAGUACAUGCAAUUUGUGGAAGACUACUCUGAACCACAGCCCUCCGUGUUCUACCAGAUGCCACAGAGUGAGAGCAUCUAUGAGCAGCGUAACAAACGCUUCCAAGAGGUGUAUGGCUUCAACGAUUCCUUCAGCAGCACUGACUCGGUCCACGAGCCGGUGCAGCCCCCUGCGUUGCCCCCAAAACAAAGGCAACUGGCCUCCCACUCUUCCUCCCCCUCUUCCUCCUCAUCCUCUUCUCUCUCCUGCCACCUCCAGCCGUCUGUGGCGGCCAUGGAGGAGGCGGGCACUGGGCUGGGCCUCAGCAUGUCCGUCUCUAACUCCUACCUGAUUGGCCAAGCAUCUUUGACCACACCCACGAGCUUGGACCAAGUUGCCUUGACCAAUGCCACCAUUCUGGAUGGCAGCGGGGGUGGGACCAACGGUUCCCUGGCUGGCUCAAUGGGCUCUGUGGCUGUCUGUCUUCCUUCUGAGUCUUCUCUCACUGACUCUCUCCACACCUCAGCGAGUGAGAGCGCGAAUGACGAGGGCGGGGAGGGAGAGUAUGUCAACUUGUACUCAUCCAACCAGGCCAAUGGGGAGCUGCCCCACUCCCUCAGAGAGACGAUCACAGCUGACGAUAUACUCCAAGACCCCACCCCACAGAUGCCAUCCGCCAACAACAAAGAGGCUUUGGACAAAGAAAGGAGGCAGAAGUCAGCAGAGUCGGCUGGUAGUGAUGAGGAAGAUGUGGACGAGCUCUCCCUCAUAGACCACAAGGAGAUUAUGAACAGGAUAACACUAAAACAAGAAAAUGACGAUGGCCCUGAUGUUCGUGCUGGAUCAGGAGAUAUUCUCUUAGUCCAUGCUACAGAAACAGACCGCAAAGAUCUUGUUGUGUACUGUGAAGCCUUUCUGACUACAUAUAGGACUUUUAUAACCCCUGAGGACCUCAUUAAGAAACUACACUACAGAUAUACCAGGUUUUGCCACAGUCCGGACACCUUCAAGAAGCGAGUUAGCAAGAACACAUUCUUUGUGCUGGUUCGUGUGGUGGAUGAGCUGUGCCUGGUGGAGUUGACAGAGGACAUCUUAAAACAGCUGAUGGACCUGGUGUUUACGCUGGUGUGCAAUGGCGAGCUCAGCCUUGCCCGUGUGCUUCGCAAGAACAUCCUGGAUAAGGUGGAGCAGAAGAAGCUGUUGCGCUACACUAACUCCCUCAAGCCCCUCGCUGCCCGAGGAGUCUCUGCAAGGCCUGGAACGCUUCAUGACUUCCGCAGUCAUGAGAUUGCUGAUCAGCUCACCCUUCUUGAUGCUGAACUCUUCUAUAAAAUUGAGAUUCCGGAGGUGCUGCUUUGGGCCAAGGAGCAGAAUGAGGAGAAGAGUCCAAACCUGACUCAGUUCACGGAGCACUUUAACAACAUGAGCUAUUGGAGACUAGAGUGGCAGAAACAGACCUCAGAGGGACUAGAGGAAUAUUGUACACUGAUCGACAGCUCCUCCUCCUUCAGAGCAUACAGAGCUGCUCUGGCUGAGGUGGAGCCACCAUGCAUCCCGUACCUGGGUCUCAUCCUCCAGGACCUGACAUUUGUCCACCUGGGGAACCCUGACCUCAUUGACGGGAAGGUCAAUUUCUCCAAACGCUGGCAGCAGUUCAACAUUCUAGACAGCAUGCGGCGCUUCCAGCAAGCGCAUUAUGAGCUGAAGCGCAACGAAGACAUCGUCUCUUUCUUCAAUGACUUCAGUGACCACCUAGCUGAAGAAGCCCUAUGGGAGCUGUCGCUGAAGAUCAAGCCCAGGAACAUUGUCAGGCGCAAGACAGAUCGUGAGGAGAAGACUUAG